GGACGGGAUGCUGGUCGCGCGCCGCACCGUGUGGCGGAUCGUGAGCGCGCGCACGCGCUCCGCCGCUGCUGCUGCCGGCAGGACUCCGCGCGGCUUCUUGGAAGGACACAACUGGACGCACCUGGCGCGGACGGACACACCUGGCGCGCGCGCGCGAGAGCACGGUGACAUGGAGAGUUGCUAGAGACCACUGUGGCAAGAUGGAGACACCAAUUACAGAGCCAGGGUUUGGACUCAAAUCCCAGCAACACUUAAACUCCUGGAGUAACACUUCGGUUCUCCCUGCCAACCCAGUGUUUCCCUUCCCCUCUCAUCCCCAAAAUGAAGAGCUCCUCUUCAAUGGAUCCCUGCAGAACUGGACAGAUAUCAAUGAUGCCGGUUUUGUGACUAGCGUUGCUGGAAUCCUUAUACCUCUUAUCUACAUAAUCGUCUGUGUGAUUGGUUUAGGUGGGAACACCCUUGUCAUCCACAUCGUUCUGAGAUACUCUCAAACCCAGUCUGUCACGAACAUCUACAUUCUGAAUCUGGCUAUAGCUGAUGAGCUUUUCAUGCUGGGGCUUCCCUUCCUGGCAGUCCAGAAUGCUCUUCUUUCCUGGCCGUUUGGCUCAUUAAUGUGUCGCCUGGUCAUGACAGUAGAUGCCAUCAAUCAGUUUACCAGCAUCUUCUGCCUGACUGUGAUGAGCAUCGAUCGCUACUUGGCUGUAGUGCAUCCCCUCCGGUCCUCUAGUUGGCGACGUCCUCGAGUGGCCAAAGCAGUGAAUGCCACAGUGUGGGCGGUUUCCUUUGUGGUGGUUCUGCCAGUGGUGGUGUUUGCUGAUGUCUUGCAGGAUGAUGGAAACUGCAGCAUUGUUUGGCCAGAGCCUGCAGAGGUUUGGAAAGCUUCAUUCAUCGUUUACACUGCGACAGUCGGAUUCUUUGGCCCCCUGCUUGUCAUCUGCAUGUGCUACCUGCUUAUCGUGGUCAAAGUGCGCAACUCUGGACGCAGAGUCCGUGCCACAUCCAUCCGGCGGCGCAAAUCAGAGCGGAAAAUCACACGAAUGGUGGUGAUCGUGGUAGCCGUGUUUGUGUUCUGUUGGUUGCCAUUCUACGUCCUUAAUAUCGUUAACUUGCUAGUGGUGCUCCCUGGUGAGUUCCGUGGCCUGUACUACUUUGUGGUUGUUCUAUCAUAUGCCAACAGCUGUGCCAACCCCAUUCUCUAUGGGUUCCUCUCUGACAACUUCAAGCGUGGGUUUCGGAAAGCUCUAUGCCGCUCGACUCGGCGAGUGGACAGUCAGGACCUUCAGCAAGGAACCAUGGGGAAUCACACCCUCCCACUUGAGGAGGUCAAGAAAGAUCUAGAGCCCAGAGAGUGCCUGAGAGAAACCUGCUCAGAGAUACAGCCAGAAAGAGAGGGGGAAGGAGAAGAAGAAGAUGAGGAGGAAGAGGGAGUGGAGAUGGGCUACAUGGAAAGUGCCACUCAGAUGACGGAAAUCUGCAAGUCGGUACAGAACGGCUGCAGGAAUGGACACACGGAGGGAGCCAGGGCCCGGUUCUCACACACAUCUGAGGGCAAAGCAGCAGGCCCCAUUAAUGGAACCAGGACUGGGGGGAAUGGAGGCUAUAUCAGUCCAACUUUUGGACCUGUUGCUUCUCUCAGUGGUGCCCACAAGGGAAACUGCAAGCGGCUGUCAGAUGACACAUCAGAGACUGUCCUGGAAAUCAGCUACUUGUGAGCAAAGGAAAUGCAUUAAAAGAUGAUGAAGUGACUAUUUUACUCCUCUUUUUCCUCAAAAUCCAGCAGAAGUGGAGUGCUAUAGGCAACCUUUUCAGGGGACAAAUCAUCAGCAAGUGUCUUGUGUUUUUAAAUGAGCCUGUCCAAUGAAAAAGCAUUUAUCAACCUUUCUCUUUAUUAAAAGUAAUUUUAUUAUUUUUAGUGCCUUCAUGAAUUUAAGUCUUAAUGAUGGGUUGAUGCACAUAUUUGCAGUGCUGAUCAGAUUCUGAUACACAAGUGCCAUUACCAAUGCACAUUCUGAUAGAAGAGCACUUUUGUGUAAAUAUUGUUUAAAUUGUUUUAUUAUUUUUACAUCACAACACUGAAACUGACAACACAGCACAUUCUAUUAGGAGGGCAAAAUAUACACAAAUACAAUGCAUUUUUUUAUGCCUUUUAAAACAAUUUAUUUAUGACAUCUUGUCCCUGGACUCAUUGUAUAUAAAUAAAAAUAAAUAUUAAGUCAUUAGGAUUAGAUCCUAAUGCAUUAGGAUCUUGUUUCUAUCCUUUAAUAAGUCGUGGCCACUCAUUAGUAUCUUAUUUCCAUGCUUUAAUAAGUCAUGGCCAUGCAUUAUGAUCUGGUUUCCAUGCUUUAGUAAGUCGCUUUAUUAAUUCUAAUGCAUGGCCAUGGCUUAUUGAAGCACAUAAACAAGAUUGAACAGCGUGGCCAUAACUUAUUAAGACAUGGUACUGAGAUCCUAAUGCAUUUGACCCAAUUUAUUAAGGACAUGCAUUAGUAUCUUAUUUCUAUGCUUUAAUAAGUUCUGGCAACGGCUUAUUGAAACAUGGAAAUGAUAUUCUACAGUGCAAAAGACUAGAUCCUAAUGUGUGGUCCUAACUUGUUAAGGCCACGCAUUAGGAUCUUAUUUCCAUGCUUUAAUAAGUCGUGGCCAAUCAUUAGGAUCUUGUUCCCAUGCUUUAGUAAGUCGCUUUAUUAAUUGUAAUGCAUGGCCAUGGCUUAUUGAAGCACAUAAACAAGAUCGGACAGCGUGGCCUUGACUUAUUAAGACAUGGGAACGAGAUCCAAAUGCAUGGACCCAUGGUCAAUCCGGUUUCCAAUACAUUUGUUGACACCAAUAUUAGACCUGACAUCAGUUUUUAAUUGGAUCAACCUAAACUCUAAUAAAGAUUUUUUUUAUUUAUUAUUAUUAUUUUUUUAAGAAUAGAAAUGGUUGAUAUAUGGUUAUUCACAGGGCUCAAAUAUCAAACAAACUUUUAGAAACUGUAAUAUACUGUAUAUAUAUACAUAAACAUCUUUAUUCAGAAACUAUGAAACAAUGAAAUUACAGCAGAGAGUUUAUUUCUGCAGUGAGAAUAAGAGCCUGAGAAGAAAAGAGUAAUUGUGAAAAACUUUUUUUUCUUUUGUAAGUUUUAUGGCAUAUACAACUGGUAUUAGCAGGUGAUAAAGCGAUUUCUCCAGACUAGAAUAUGUUUAUAUUGCUGGGUCUGUAAUGCUCUAAGCAGUGUAUAGAAUCCUGUAAAGAAUAUUUGUACGUGCAUUUACAUGAGAUACUGUAAUAAUUCACAUAGAUUUGGUUGAAUGCAAAGCUAAAAUGCUAUGGUGUGUGUGUUUUUUUAUGUUAUGUUGUACUAAUGUGUAGCACAAUGUGUAAUGAAGAGCAUAUUAUGUUAUAUCUUGAUGUUUCAACAUGAUUAAAGCUGCUCAGCAGA